AUGUCGUCUUCAAGAUAUCCUCCGCCAGCAAGAGAUCGCUCUCCGCCACGGUUUGACCGCAGACCUUCCACCAACUACACGCCCGCGAGCUCAUCAUACAGGGGCCAAGCAGAGCCCGGCUUGCCACAGGCGCAAAGAGACCCACCCCGAGGUCCUAAGGCUGAGUCUUUCCGAGGCGGUGGGGGUUUUCCAUUUACUUCAACUGCGCGUGGUAGAGGUGGUGGGUUCCCUCCGCGGCUCAAUGAUAACUGGGAGAGGGACCGUGAAAGAGACCGUGAACGAGAUCGGGACCGCGAUACUCGGCCGCCUCCGCAGUCAUACCGUGGUCGAGAAGAUGACCGCGUUGAGUGGCCUCGACGUGAUCGCGACUUUGCAGCCGCCGAUCGGACGGCUCCACCAGCAAGAGAUACUCGACCUUAUGUUGGCAGAGAGCGCUCGGCCUCUCCUGUUCGACCUAGAAGGGACUCGCGCGAAUCAAUCCCCUCGACAUUUGCUCGACCCGCAGAAUCGGCGUCGUCAUACUACCCUCCUGCAGGACGGGGCGGCCUUGGCCGCGGCCGGGGAAGAGGCGAUUGGGAACGUGGCAGAGGCCGGAGCUCUUUCGUAAGCGAGCGUGAGCGGGAUCUGUUCCAUCCACGAAGCCGAUCGAGAGAGAGUUGGCGUGAUCGUGACUUUGACCGUGGCCGGCCACCACCGGGUGACGCUGACCGCUCGGAUAGGUAUGAGCGUCGCGAUCAUGAGCGCAGUCGAGAACGCGAAGUCAGACCUAGGGAUCCACGAGAGCACGACGUGUGGCCAAGGGAUCAAUCGCCCGCUAGAUUAUCUGCUGGAAAUGCGGCCGCAACUGUUGCCACCCCAUCUGCCUCUACGAACGAUCGACCCGGAAAGCCCGAAUUUGAGGCAGGCAGACGGCCGUCCGUUGUGGCUGCCCCGAGCAGCGCUCCCCGUGAAAAUCGACGUGAUGGUGAAGGAGCAGAUUAUUUUGGGAGUUCAAGGCUAGAUACCUCUCGUCGUGAUCUACCCCAAACCCCACAACCACCUCCAACUCCCAUCGGCCUUGACUAUGGCCCUCCGCCGUCCUUACCGUCAGUCACCACACCUGCUGCGGAAAAGCCAACCUUAGCCAAGCCGCAACCUGUCAAGAUCGAGCAAGUAACACCUUCGCCAGCCCCUUUUCAACCGCCUAGUGGGCCAAAGGCUGGUAGAACAGCUGUCGUAACGAGUCUCAGUCAGCCCGUGAAGACUCCUCAACAACAAGAGACAUGGGCUCGCACUGAAUCUGUGUCGCGUCCCGUGCGCCCAGGUCCGACUUCGAGUGCGAGUAAUUUAUCGAUGGAAGGAAGCGCAAAGAAAGAUGAGCUGCCUAUCGAAUCCAGAGCCCUGGCUGCUCCUGCUGCUGACCGUGCCAUGCCUCCAAAUGUCCCUUCUGGCCCCCGGUUAGGCAACAAUCCGACUCCAUAUAAACAAAGGCUAUCUUCAAGUGAGCCUGUCGGCUCUGGACCACCUCCCAUGGCUCCAAGGGAACCUUCAAAACCUUCUGGGCUAGACAAUCGGUCCUCAGCAAUACCAACGGGGCCUCGCCUCGAUCGCGAAGCAACAAGGGCUGGGCCAGGGACAGCCUCGAAGUCAUGGAUCUCUCCAGACUACAAACAAAAGCCAUCUAUUAUGAACGCAAUGAACAAACAGUUCCAGCCUGAGGCUCGGGACAGGGGACCUAUACCGACGGGACCUAGGUUGCAGAAUGCGUUCUCUACGCACCCGGACAAGACUGUUCGAGGGCUUCACACGUCUGCAGGUUCUCCUCCAUCUGCGCCGUCCGGGCCCAAGGCGUUGAUAGCAACCAGCCCCAAAAUUAAAGACGCAACAAUGACCCUCCUGCCUCCCAGAGAGCCCGCCGACGACACCCACUACCAAGACGAUGUGGUGAUGUCAGUUCCAGCAUCCAGUGACGACGAUGACGAAGCUGAAGAUGAUUCUUUCGACGAAGAGUAUUUUAUUGAAUCUGAAAAGCGGCACAAGCAUGAGAUGGAUCUUCUUGAAGGCAAGAAACCACCGCCUUUACUACAAGACACGACAGUAGUGGCCCUCCUAAUGAAGCUGCAAUUUCUCCAUAUGAUAUCUCAAGAUCCUGUGCCUCGACCAGUCCCCACGCCCACCGAGGUCACAAAGGUCGAGACACCUGCUGCUGUUCCUUCUCCAACCGGACUACUGUCCCCAAAACAGGCCUCUGAGGAGACCGAGUCUAAAGAGGCAGUACCGGAAGUGGCACCACCGCAUCCUAAAGGACGACCUCUCAAGCAGCCACCAGUGAACCCGAUACCGACACCUCCUAUCGAAGACUUACCAUAUUUGAAGCAUGGACCUAUUGAGCCAGUUGUCUUUGAAGAUUCAGAUAACGAAGUCGAACACGAAGCGGUUGCAAUUCUACUCCAACAGGAAUUUGAACGUAAUGCUUGGGACUGGAGAUCCGAGCUUGAAGAAAUGCACGCAGAGUUCAAGGCUAGAUAUCCUCUGUGGAAACAGAAGAUUCAACAACUCGAACAAGAAAGGCGUGAGUUACAGGCUAGCCCUGCACCCGCCUCCCCUGCACCGUCAGCGGCGCCAUCCGUCACUCCUUCAUUGACCCACGAGCGUACGAGAGGCGCACGAAACACGACAGAGGCCGACUUGCAAGCCGCAAUUCUGAUGUCUCAGCAAUCGCUCAAAGAAGAGGAAGAACGACGCGAGAGAGAGGCAGCGUCCAGCUCUGUACCCAACUAUGACACAGAGGCAGUAGUGCCUCCAAUGUUGAAGCCCGCGGACAUUGAACUGUCCCAAUUUGAGGAGACGAAUCAUCUCAUCCCAAACGAAUUGGCUCUGCAUGCAUUUUCCUAUCUACCCCCUGAAGACGAUUUCACGGAGGAGGAACAAACUCUUUUCAUCACCGCCUAUUGUCAAAACCCCAAAAAAUGGGGCAAGAUUGCAGAAUCCCUCCCAGGUAGAACCUAUCAAGAGUGCAUCAUCCAUUACUACUUGACCAAGGUCCAGGCUCACUACAAAGACCUCUGGAGACGAUCGCAGCCUAGGAAGCGCGGUCGAGGUCGAGGGGCUGCGGCCAAGCCCCGUUCAACGGCUCUGAUGUCCGAGCUCCUCAAUGGUGACGAUGCAGAGGCGACACCUGUAGCCGUUACGGACAGUGGAAGGCCAAGGCGAGCAGCGGCACCAACGUUUGGAGAUGCUCCGAGCGAAGCUGACGCUUCAACACCUGUCCCACAUUCGAAGAAGCUCACAGCAGCUCUAAAAGAUGGUAAUCCAGACGGUGGCGGAGCCAAGACUUCCAGAGGCCGCAAGGCUGGAACCGCCACGAAGGUGCGGAGGACCAAGGCACAGAUCCAGGCAGAGCAGCAGCAGGCUUCUGCACCUUUGAUAGCUGCUGAAGCCCCUCCCGGCAAACCUGCAACCGCUGUCAAGGCUGAAAGAGGGCGAACACUUAUUCGUGCUGAAAAUGUGCCCAUCAGACCCGAUCCUCCUCCCCCAAUCCCACCAGUGCAGCGACCGGUUGAAGCAGGUUUGCAUCACUAUCCCGUAUCCGACAUCCCAGCAGGUCCUCUGGCAGCUCCAGCAGCGACCGUAGCGUCACAAACUACAAGUUAUUGGUCGGUUCCCGAACAGCACAAGCUUCGAGAACUGUUGUCGUAUUUCGGUCGAGACUUCACCCAGAUUGCAGAUCAUUUAAAGACUAAGAGCCUGACAAUGAUCAAGAACUAUUUCAACCGUCAAGUCGGUGAAGUUAGAGUUGAGCUCGAAAAGGCUGCCCAGAAGGGAGAGCAAUUGCAAGAACAGAUGCGCCUUGGGAAAGUCGCAAUUCCGCCUCCAAGUCCAAUUCUGCCACCAAAACGUCGAUAUGACACAACGCUGGCACCCGUCACUCGUCCAACAGCCCAGGGUGAACAGAACGCAAUGGAUAGUGACCACGCAGUUGCAGCAAUCAAGCAGAGCGUUAUUGAAGACUUCCCACGCAACAUCCUCGAAAUGACGGCCUCGGGGGACAUUGCGUCUCAGCCCCGCUCAAUAUUACGCGAAACAAUUCGUGACGCCCCUCUGCCUGCUGCCCUUCAGCCAAAAAUCGAAGAGCUUCCAAGAUUAUCCAACGACCGUCACUCCCUCUUCAGCCACAAACCAUUGCAUGGCCCUAAGGCUGGCGUGUUUCAGGACGAUGUUGGCUUUCAGCCUUCUCGUCAGAAUCUCAGGGCAGCCCUUGCGGAGCGGUCGCCCCAAAUCCUUACUCAGAGACUUCCAGAUAUACCUCGCCCUGAAUUAGGUCAACAAACCGCUCUAUCAUCGACCGGCCCAAGUCUUCCGGGCUCGCGGGAGCCUCUCAUCCCGACACAGCAACGGCCUCCGCUUCCUCCAAGUGCUCCUGUUCAGGGAAUCCAAACUCACGUUGAAAAAUAUACCCUGCCAAAUACGCUGCAUCCCAGCCAUAGCCGGAACAGCAGCUCGACAACUCCGAGCCACCUGCCUUUGGAGACGCCUCAAGACAUGACUACUCUACGCCGUAUGGACAAUCAACGUGCGCUGUACCGAACCGGACCCACAGGAUCUCCAGCACUGACACCAACAUCAACCAGUGUCUCUCAACCGCUGCGAGCCGAGAUGUCUCAGCCUGCUUCAGCGCUUCCUCCGGCAGACCCUCCGAAGCCCCCAGCCAAACGUUCGAAUGUGUUUGGUCUUCUUAACGAUGAUCCGCCAGACCCACCGCCAAAGCGGCCUUCUUUGGAGGCUCCAAAACGGGCGUCCAUUCUUUCUCCACAGAGCACGCCCCUUCCUUCAGGGCACAAUCUGCUGCAGCAGCCGCGGAGCCAGCAUCAUCCCGAAGACCCACUCUUGAACAGGACAGCGAGAGGUCCAUAUGGUCACAGUAGCAGCAACGUUCUCUCAGCAGGCAGCGGGCAACAAUCACCGGCUGAUUAUCCAGGCUCGUUUUCUGGCGCUCCUGCCACUGGUCCCAGCAAUGAAGCAUGGAUGGAUCGUUUUGAUCCACGUCCUCAAGGAGCUCCCAGCGACCAGCGAAGUCACCAUCACUCACCUGCCCCGAGUCCUUACUCUGUACUCCCACCAACCGCACAGCAGAGCAGUAUACCUUCGCUCCAUUCGUUGCGGGAGAACACACCUCGAGCGGCAGAACGAGCUGGAAUUGAUCACCGACGGACGCUGCUGGGCCAGAUCAACCAAAUACCACAUGUGCCCUCACCUCCACCUCAACAGCCGACGCAACCAGUACCGCAACUGCGAUCAGCCUCCACUUCAUCGCACCAUUCACGGGUGCCUUCCGCGGGAUACUCUGCUCCGCAGCCCACGAGUCAAUCCUCUUCGCUCAGUCACCCGGCGGUCCCGCAAAAUCAUUCUCACUCGGCAAGCUCAACUCCAGUGUCGAGUCUUCACCGGCCUCAGUCGUCUCUCGAUUUCCCUACCCGACUCACUAUCCAACAGCAUAUGGCUCAACAAAACCAGCAGAAACAGGAGCAUGAGAGACACAUACGCCACCGAGAACUAGAAGCGGCACACCAGCGUGAGCGGGAUCGCGAGCGAGAGCAGCAGCAGCAACACCAACAACAACCACCACCACAGCCUCAGCUGCAGCAACAGCAGCAACAGCAAUUACGCCGGGACAUCUACGGUAUCGAGCACCAUGCAAACCCUCCGGUGUCUCGUCCGAACCAGAUGGGAGCAGUAGCCAAUCAAAGCCACAUGACAUUCGGCCAGCCAACUCUCACUCCCAUUCCCACUCGUCGUUUCCGGGUCCUAGUCGUGGUCCUGGCGGACUGGGAACACCUCACUCUCUCCAGCAUCCGCAUCCACAUUCGCACCAGCAACACCAACACCAACAUCAACACCAUCAGCACCAACAUCAGCACCAACACCAACACCAGCACCAAGCGGGACCGCUUCCACAUCUACAGCCGCAGGGGCCAGGCCAGCCGCCGCCUCACCUGCAUCACCCUCACCCUUCUCAACCGCAAAUCCUCCAUCCGGGGGCGGCGGGGCAUUUUCGAGCAAUGA